AUGGAGCGCAAGCGGUCCUCGCGACGUCGCCACGCGUCGCUGCCGCCCGAGAACAAGUGCAAGACGUGCUGCCGCCGGUUCACGGCCUUCCUGUUCUCGCACGUCGGGCUGUGCGCCCUGGUCGUGGGCUACAGCAUCCUGGGCGCCUUCGCGUUCCGCGCCCUCGAGGCCCCGUACGAGGUGGAGAAGGCGAGCCAGGUGAUCCUCAUGCGGGAGCAGACCGUGCGCCGGCUCUGGGAGAUCACGGACCGGUUCAACGUACUGUACCGCGAGAACUGGACAGCCGCCGUGUCCUCCGAGAUCCUGGACUUCCAGGGCCGCCUCAUCGCGGCCGUCAAGGACGGAUAUGACGGCAAGGAGAUCGGCACCGGGCAGCAGUGGUCCUUCUCAGGGGCCUUCCUCUACUCGCUCACCGUCAUCACCACCAUCGGUGAGUGGGCGGGUCACUAA